CACGAGGAGCCGAGGGGGCGAGAAUUAGGGUUUCCUCCGCAGUUCUCUCCCUCUCUCGAUCUCCUUCGUCGGCUAGGGUUAGGGUUAGGGUUUUGCUCGGUUUGGCCCCCUUUCCCCUCUCCCAUGGCGCAGGACAACACGCGAUUGAAGGGGACCGUGAAGUGGUUCAACGACACCAAGGGGUUCGGAUUCAUCGCCCCGGACGACGGGGGCGAGGACCUCUUCGUGCACCAGUCCUCCAUCAAGGCCGAGGGCUUCCGCAGCCUCGUCGAGGGCGAGGCCGUGGAGUUCUCGGUCGCCGAGGGCGACGACGGGCGCACCAAGGCCGUGGACGUCACCGGGCCCGACGGACUACCGGUCCAGGGCGGCUCCGGCGGCGGCGGAGGAGGCGGCGGAGGCCGGAGGGACGGGUACGGCGGUGGCGGAGGCCGCGGCGGCGGGAGCCGCGGCGGGGGCUACAGCAGGGGGGGCUACGGGUUCGACGGCGGGAGGGGCGGCGGCGGGAGAGGCGGGGGCGGCGGCGGCUACCGCGGCGGCGGCGGUGGCGGCGGUGGUUACGGUGGCGGAGGAGGCGGCGGGUCCUGCUACAACUGCGGCGAGACCGGGCACAUCGCGAGGGAUUGCCGUAAGUGAAGUGUUCGAUCCUAAAUCCUCUCUCUUUAGCAGUUCUAAUGUUUUGGUUAUCUAGUAGUUUGGAGUUUUAGGAUGAUGAUGGUUGAUGCUUUAUUUAAUGGGUUGCUCGUUUUUUGUCUUAUUAAUUUUGGGAUUAUCUUCUAUAUCAUCUUCUUUCGAGUGUUUUGGUUUCAAUGGACUGUGGUUUGAUGUUAAGGGUUGGGCUUUGUGUUUGGGGGAGAUGGGUACAUAGAUCAGAUGGUGUAUGCACUAUUUGAUAAGCUGUAUCAACUCUCUUUUCUCGUUAUACAAAUGGUUCUAGGCUCAAUUAUUUUGCCUCAUGUUA